AUGGCAGACCCCGACACCGUGGCCGAGACUGCUGAGAGCAUAUUCGACUCCAUGCGGGACGAUCGACUCGUCAGCAUCUACAUCGGCGACGACCCCACCCCUUUCCUCAUCCAGCAGUCCAUCAUCUGCGCCGCUUCACCUUUCUUCAAAACCGCCUUCACAGGCUCGAACACCUACGAAGAGGCGAAAACCGGCAUCCUGCGCCUACCCGAGGACGACCUCCAGGCUUGGCAGAUCUUCAUCUACUGGCUGGUUAGGGCCAAGAUUCCACAGGGAUUCGGCCUCUCUGUCAUCAAGGCGUGGACUCUCGGCGACAAGUACCAGAUCCCACAGCUGCAGGACGAUGUCAUGUUCGAAGUCAUGAGGAUACUCGACGACCACGAGGAACAGUCUAUCCAAGUCCCAAACGUUGCCUUCUCAUUCUGUCCACCGGGCUCUCUGAUGCGCAAGUUUCUCUCCGACCAGGUCGUGUUGAUCGCGAAGCAUUGUCCACGCGCUUUGUGGGAUUGGAACAGCCUCGAGGCCCUGUGUGAAGAUCCAGGAAAUCGCAGGGAUCUUCUGCAUGCUCUUUUUCGCAAUGAGCAGGAGAAUUUGUUCGGAUGGUAA